CUGGAAGCACCUCCGAAUACCUACACAGGUCGCUCAUCACUGUUGGAUGAUCGAGAUUCACUCCAUCAAUCGUCCCCGCCCUUAUCGGGCUUCGUUCUCACAGGUCCGUCACCAUGCCGCCGCCGAACAAGCGCAAACGUGGUGAUCGAUCCUACUCCACCGAUUCCACGGAGUAUGGGACGCGCCCUUCACCCCACCGUCCACAGAACUUAGGCCUGGCGCAGCAGAAUCCGAACGGCCAUGGCCCUUCCAUGUCUGGAAGAGGAGGCGGCGCGGCAGGCCGACGAUCGAGCAGAGGUGGUAUGAGAACCGCGUCGAACCAACAUCCUCCGAGUCCAAGCCCUUCCGCUUCCGCCGUGUCAACUACUUCGCACGCACAACAGAGACUGCAGUCACAAUCCGGCUUGAAAGGACCGCCUUCUGCCGUGUCCAGCCCUACGGCCUCGAUGAAAUCCCCUCACCUGACUGGACAGCAUCCGAAUAUGGCCUCUCGGCAUCCAAGCACAACCAGCAGCAUGGGACCUCCACCGAGCGAGAAGCCACAAGCACCGUUGAUAAUACCCCGAGCGUACGAAUAUCUCACGGACGAUGUGGUGGCGGCGUUCUCGACUUCCAAAGGCUCGUUACCCGAUAAAGUCCUUAAGAAGGAGGAAGAUAUCUAUGUGUCCUUGAACACGAUGUUCCAAGAGCUGAUGUAUUCGGCGUUGGAGGGACGGUUAUCACCUCGUGAUGCCGGUGCGGCUGUCAACAUGAUCUGCAAGAACGCGCAGAUUGUUGAACUCGUCGAUGCUUCCGACCUGUUCGUCGACUGCAUCGCCAUUCUACACGAGUCCGGUCUGGCCAAUGCAACCCUGCAUAGGCUGAUCCUAUCGAGCGGCGUCUCCCCUGCCUUGAUGCGCGAGCGACUAGAUCAAGAGCUCCUCACUGCCCUUGGUCUUGUUCGCGGUACUUUCGGACGGAUGGGCAUUAGAUACCUGACCGCAGCACUCUACAAACCGAACUCCUACAACCUGCUUCGCGAAGAGUCCGAAGGCUACUCGAAACUCAUCACGGAAUAUUUCACCACGGUCGAAAGCCAACCUCCGUCCGGCGAGAUUGUCGCGGAAACCUUUCACCGGGUCCUCGGCUUGAUCGGCACCUUCGAUCUGGAUGUCGGCCGUGUGCUCGAUGUCACCCUUGACGUUUUCGCGAACCUCCUCAUCCGUCACAACCGCUUCUUUGUCAAGUUUAUCCGUGCCAGCACGUGGUGGCCGGAAACCGUCCCGAACGAACGGUCAGAAUGGGACGCCCUUCCUUCAUGGGCCGAUCCUUCGUCCUCAUCAUGGACUACAUCCGAUGCAGAUCGGCAGAAAAUAUCGGCACGUCGCGAGGAGCGAGACCGAAUAUUCUGGGACUCGGUUCGCGAGAAGGGACUUAAGGCGUACUUCGAAAUUAGCACAGCUCGAGAGCUUACAGAGGGCGAGAAAGCUGAAGUGGAAGCCCAAGCCGCGGAUGAGCAUUUGAAUCCACAACUGAAGCAGAAUGUUGAGUGGAUGAAAGACACUGGAACGUUUCCACCAAAAGGAAACCACACUGCGGCCCAGUUGAUUGGAUUCAAGCUACGGUUCUACACGUCGAAGGCGAGAGACAAGGAUGAUAUGCUACCAGACAACCUGAUCUGCCUGGCGGCGUUGUUGAUCAAGAUCGGGUUCAUUUCACUUCGAGACCUAUAUCCGCACCUAUAUCCCGAGGAUCAGCAGAUGGAGACGUUGAAGGAGAAAUUGACCACCGACAAGGAAGAGCGGGAACGGAAGUCUAGGCCAGGUGGAGGAAUGAACGCCUUGACCAUGGCGGCUCCUUUAAUCGACGACACCCUCCCCCAAGGCAGCUUACCCGCCAAAGUCCGAGAAUUUGCGAAAGCCGAAGAGGCGGCCAAGAAAGACGUCGAGAUGAAAGACGCAGACGGCUUCAAGGAACCCUCUAACCAAAAGAUGGCCCUCCUCAAGGCCCUGCUUUGCAUCGGCGCCCUUCCCGAAGCCCUCUAUUUCCUUGGUCGAUUCCCUUGGCUGAUGGAACUGGACCCCGAACUCCCCAAAUACAUCCAUCGCUUCAUUAAUCACAGCAUCAGCCAAAUCUACGAGCCCCUCGAGCCACUUGCUCAUCGAACGCACGUGCGAGAGGCGAAGAAAGUUCCUUUCGAACAGGCGGGUAUGCCAAAGGGCCAUCUGAAGGCUGGCAAUCCGCCAUCAAGGAAAUCCCUCCGUUGGCAGAACCUCGACCGUGCCGACAAUGGCGACGGGAUCGACUACAAGUUCUACUGGGAGGAUUGGGGUGACAAUAUCCCGGUGUGCAGAAGCAUCGACGACUUCUUUGCCCUCUGUGCCUCGUUUAUGAAUGUUGCUGGCCUCAAGAUCGGUCUAGAUCCGGCUCUCUUGACGAAGAUGACCAGACUUGGGAAAUGGAGUCUGGGGCAAGAUACCUCCGAAGCCAACUUCAAGAGAUGGGCGGACCUGUUGAAGCGUCUCAUUGUUCCUGCAUUGAGUCUGACGAGCAACAAUCCCGGUGUUGUCAACGAAGUGUUCGAAUUGCUCCAACUCUAUCCGACCAGCGUCCGGUACAACAUCUAUGCCGAAUGGUACACCGGUGCAACCUCACGUUUACCAGAAAUGAAAACCGCCUUCGAUCAAUCUCGCGCAGAGACCAAAGACGUCCUCAAGCGCAUCAGCAAGACCAACAUCAAACAGAUGGCCCGAUCGCUCGCAAAGAUCUCUUGCGCUUCUCCUGGCAUUGUCUUCAGCGUUGCCAUCAACCAAAUCGAGGCGUAUGACAACCUCAUUGAAGUCAUCGUGGAGUGCGCUCGCUACUUCACGCUGCUGGGCUACGACAUUCUUACCUGGACACUCCUUAACUCCUUGGGCGGCAAAGGACGGAACGCUAUGCAAGCCGAUGGAAUGCUCACAAGCCGCUGGCUCCAUUCCCUCUCCACAUUCACGGGACGAGUCCUCAAGCGGUACAGCAUCAUGCAACCCACCCCGAUCCUACAAUACGUCAACUUUCAACUUCGCAACGGCGUCUCCACCGAUCUAGAGAUCCUCGAACAAAUCGUCACGUCCAUGUCCGGCAUCCGAUCCGACCCGACCUUCUCGGAAGCGCAGGUUCAGGCGAUGGCCGGCGGCCAGGCGCUCCAAGCGCAGAUCAUGGAGCAACUUCUCGACAAGCGGAGCGACGCGCGGGUGUCAUCGAAGCGGUUGAUGAAAUCGUUAGAAUUUAAGCUCGCUGGAGACAUUUUGAUCGCGUUGACGCACGAGCGACAGAAUUACAUCUUCUAUGAGACUUCGGAGAACGCGCCGUUGAAAGUGGCCGCGAACAACCUGGACAAAAUCCAUUAUGUCUGGGCGCAGUAUCUGGAUCUGCUCCACACCAAUUUUUCUUUCAAGGAGUUCGAGGCAGCCAUUCCUGGCAUCAUUGACUUGGUGUCGAAAUAUGGCAUCGAUACUAGCCUUGCCUUCACGAUCUAUCGUCCGAUCCUUACGCAAGGGAUGGCAGAGGUCGAUGCGAGCAGGAAGGCUGAGGAAGCGAAAAGGACAGACACGGAAUCUCCUAAGACCAAUGGAGACGUGGACAUGAGUGAUGUUGGAAAGGACGCUCCGAAACUGGCAGAGAGCACUGCCGCUACACCAACCUCUCAAGAGUCCGACUCGAAAGAUGUGAGGAUGGAGGAUGCUUCGCCCGAAAGUACAGAGGCCAAGACACCAGCUCCCUCAGUCAUGUUGGGUGAGCCAUGGCACCCCGUCCUGAAACCGCUUUUGGACGAGAUUCCCACGGACCACCUCGGCAGCAUGAAAGAUUCCUUGAGUCGAUCCUUCUACGCCACGUUCUGGCAACUCGCCUUCCACGACAUGCUAGUCCCCACACAGAGCUACGAGGACGAGAUCAAGCGACUUCGGGAGAGGUUCACCUCGGUGGCUACCGACCGUUCGGACAUUUCCACGACAGGAAUUGCGAAGCGUGAUGCCAAGAAGAAGCAAAUCACGGAGGUGCAAGACAAGCUUCGAGCUGAAAUGAAGUCGCAGAUCACCGCAUACCAACAGAUCCGAACCCGAUUGCAGAAGGAGAAGGACCAUUGGUUUGACAGUUACCCGAUCAAGAAGAACGAGUUCCAUGACGUCCUCCUUCAAGAGUGCUUCUUCCCACGCAUGCUUCUAUCGCCGCUGGACGCGCAGUAUUGUGUUCGCAUGAUGCUGUACCUCCACAAUUCCGGCACACCCGGCUUCCACACCGUGACGUUCAUCGACCGUCUCCUCCGCGAGAAGCAAGUCACCAACAUGAUCUUCCAAUGCACCGCGCGCGAAGCGUCGAACUUCGGCCGCUUCCUGAAUGAGCUGCUCAAGGAGCUCAAGAAGUGGCACGCGGACCAAGCCGUCUACGAAAAAGCGGCGUUCGGCCCGAAGAGAGACCUGCCCGGCUUUGCACGGAAGCUGCGCGUGGACAAGACACCCGAGAUGUUCCUGGAGUGGGAGGAUUAUCGUCGGUUGCUGUACAAGUGGCAUGGGCAGAUCAUGGCGGUGUUCAAGAACUGUUUCACAAGCGGGGAAUACAUGCACAUUCGGAAUGCCAUCAGCAUUCUCGAGUCGAUCCACCAGCACUUCCCAGCCAUCAACUGGGUUGGCAAACAGAUUCUGGAACAUGUCUCCACUCUGUCACGGAAGGAUCCCCGGGACGAUGUCAAGCUUGCGGCCAUGUCGUUGAUUUCCAAGUUGAAGAAGCGGGAGAAGGAAUGGUUGAUGCCCCAGGCUUUCCGAAUCGGCACCGACUCUCAUCCCAGUGCGAAAGCGCCCACAGCAGGAUCAAAGGCGGGCACGCCUGCUCAGCUGGGGAAAGGACUCAACGCGUCGGCGGCGGAGUUCAAACCCCUACCAGCUACUACCAAUGGUGUGGCGACUUCCCCGACCAAGAUAGAAGUUGAAGAUGGCGAGAUUGACGAUGCUAAGCGGGCCGAGGGAGAGACCACAGUCCAAACGCAGCCCAAAGAAGUUCAGCCUGAAACGGCGGUGACGGAGCCACGGCCUAUAUCGGCUGGUAACGAAAACCAACUUCCACUACCACCCAAAUCUGCGACCGACGAACGACCUUCUUCGCAUCCAAACACGCCGAUCCUUCCGCCUCAGCCUCUAGUCGGCGCACGUCCUCCAUCGUCUCUCCCGCCUCGUCCACACGGUCUACCCAACAAACCAGAACCAGUGGCGGCCCGUUCGCGGCUCUCAGAUCGCGGCGAUCGACCGAGCGAGCGACAUGCCGAUCGCCAACCACAUCGGCAGGAGAGUCGUCAAUCCACCGAAUACGGCAGACUCGAUCGUCCUGGUGACAUAUCCCGGGAGGGUCAUGAUACUCGCACUCGUUCCCGAUCUCCGAGUCGUAGAAGACGAGCACUGACACCGGAGAGGAUAGCAUAUGAGACUCGCGAUCGAACCGAUCAAACCCGCCCAACUAGUACUCGAGAACCUCGUCCCGCUGACGAUAGGCAAACGCGGGCAGGACGGGAGACGAGGCAGAGUGCUAGAGGUCAUCCGCGGGAUCGACCAGCGCAAGAGUUGCAGAGCAGCCCCGCAGAACGAGUUGUGAGGCAAGCACCAGGAGCACCACUAGCAAGAGAAGAGGCACCGAACCGGGCGGAUACGGAAGUUGCGCCUUCGGUCAACCCUGCGAGAGCUGCCUUAAUUGGACAAGCAAUUGUGCGCGGUGAACCUAUUGGCCGAUCAUCCUCAAGAGGUGCUCCAAGAGGCGAUGGACAGCAACGUCCUGGUGACCGAGGGCCUGGCCCUGAUGAAGGACGUCGGCGAUACGAUAUCCCGCCUACCGAACCCGAUGAUCGCAGCCAGAGAACUUCUCGAGCACCGUCACCUCGCAGGGCUCGCACCGAAGCAAGAGAUGGCAGGAGAGAUGAAUACCGUGGCGGCCAUCCGGACCGACCUUCACAUCCCAGCGAGCCCACACCAAGGGGUCGGAAGGAGGAGAAUGCCGGUCCUAUGCCGACUGGGCCGCGAGGCGACCGUGGUGCCAGAAGCGAUCUGUUUGAAAGCACUCACACCGGUCGUAGCCGUGACUUGUUCAAUCUUCCUCCCCGGCCUCCGAUGGAACCCAGCCAUGGUCGGCUGUCUGAUUUCGGGCUACCUGCUCGGCCCCCACAAGAUCCUAACUACGGUCGAUUGAACGCGGCCGCGGAUACUCCACAGGGCCCACGAGGCGGACCUCGACAGGUCGGCCGACCUCCACGCAACUUCCCCGCGCAAGGAACGGGUCAGCCUCCACAUGGAACUGGUGUCCCGUCUCCCAGCCAAGAGCGCGGUCCACCAUCUGGACCAGCCUCUGGUCGACGGGAUAGGAGAGAUAGCAACUUCCCAGACACUCAUCAACAGCGUGUCUCGGGACCUCAGGCAUCUGAGCAACGACCACAGCAGCAGGAGACUCUGGGUAUCCACCCGAGCCGGCUCAACAAUAUUCAAGCGGCUCCCGGACAGAUCCAACCUGACGGUCAUGGUCCUCCACCGUCUGCACCACGCAGCGCACAUGCUCGUUCCAACCAACCAUCCUUCCCACCCGCAAGUCCGCACACCCAGGGACCCAACGUCCCGUCCGGACCCGGACGACACGCACCCACUGGUCCUUCCGGAGUCUCCGACCGCAUGCACACCAUGCCACCGCCCCAGCCCGAACGCUUUCCACCCCGCGGCCGUCCCGGUUCCCGCAACCUCGACACCUCCCAACCACUCACCCAAAACGUCCUCCCCCAGCAGACUCCCCCCCGCGGCAUCCAACCCCGCAUGGACCAACCUCCGCCAUCCGCACCCGCUCCCCCUCCGUCUGAGCAACCCGAUCUCAUCGACGAUCGCGGCCGACGUCGGGGAGGGGACGAGCGCCGCUCGACGCGUCAAAGCCGUCGCAGCAGCCGCGAGCGGUCUCGGAGCCCGAAAGAUCGCGAGGAGCGAGACCGCACCGUUCGUGAGCCGAGGGAGCGCGCCGGGGGCAUACGCGGACGAGAUCCACCGCGCGACGAAGCGAGGCCGUUGCGAUCUAUGCCUUCUGGCUCGAUGAAUGGGGAGCGAGAUGGGCGUGCAGAGAGGGAUUAUAGUCGGGAUCAUCGCGGUGGCGAGGGGCGAGAUCGGGAGAGGGAGCGGCCGAUGAGAGAUGACGGCGCAGGACGCGAGCGAAGUGGACGCGAUGGCCGGUUGAGUGGACGAGGCGGGCCCGAUGGGCCGUGGGGUGAGCGCGACGAUGGCAGGAACGGCGGUGGCGAGAUGAGGGUGAAGGGAAGUUCGGAGCGGCGAGAGAAAGAUGAGAGGGAGCGGAGGGAGUAUAACGAGAUGCCGCCUGGGAGUGGUGGACGCGAUGGAAGGAAGAGGGGACGGCCUGAGGAGGGGAUGGGGCAUAUGGAGGCGAAGAGGCCGCGGAGGAGCAUGGGGUGAAGUGGCGGAUUGAUCGAUUCGAGAUGGACGGGGGCGUUGGACGCAAGCCGACACUGUUUCAUAGGAGGAGAGCUCCUUGGGUCGGUCAUGGAGCGAGAUGACGUUUCCAGCGGUUCCUUUUGUUUCCAUCACCAUCCUGUGCCGGCUGUUCUUCACGGAGAUGCCUUCAUUCACGGG